UAGAUAAUCCACCCACUGGCAGCCUUUAGAAUGGGUUUCAUUGUGUGUGUUUUGAAUGCAAGUCAGAAAGUAUUUCACCCAGAGGGAGGAAUUUGCACACGGUCCCUUAUUACACAACUGCCGACCAGUAGCUACAACUAGCCUCAGCGCAGGCAGUAAUAAGUUACAGAAAUGCUGCCAAACCAAGUGGGCAAACAAUUGGGUCACCCCACAUACUCCUUAACUGGAUGGUUGGUAAGCAAGUUCUUUAAAUGGCAUAAUCAGGUAUUGGAGGAGAAUGCGGUUAAAUUAUGCAACAUUGAACCUAAUAACACAGUUCUGGAGCUCUGUCAUGGGCCAGGAUUUGGUCUGCAUUACGCCUCGCAGCUUCUCACGGGCCCUGAAGGGAAACUGUUCGGUGUGGACCAUUCACAAUACAUGCAUGAAAUGGCAAGCAAGCGCAUGAAGGAGCAGAUCUCCAGAGGAAAGCUUGUGCUGUAUUGCAGUGAUUUGAUGUCUAUGCCGAUAGAGGAAAACACUGUUGACAAAGUGUUUCACUGUAAUUGUUAUUACUUCUGGCCCGAUAUGAAAGCAGGAGCCAGAGUGAUUCACAGAGUGAUGAAACCAGAUGGAAUUAUGGUCACGACUCUCAGGCUGGAUAGUCUUAAAAGAACAGUUUCUAGGAGAAUUCUCAAUGGAAAAAUUUGGAAUCCUGAGGUCUACAUGGAUGCGCUGCAGUCGUCCGGAUUCACAGAUGUUCGAUUGGACGACAAAAGAGACAAACUAAUCAAUUUUCAAGCUAUUUUUGCCACUGCUAAGAAGUAAAUUUUUAUUAAUCAGGGCUUAAAAUUAGCCUUGUCCAGAACAAGCUAAUAUUUUGGACAGGGGAGGUGAAUGAAAUCAGAUAAAUAACUUGAUAAAAUAGUGAUUGAAAAAUAGUGAAUAAUAGUUAUUUCUCAUUUACUAUAAUCCCUCCAGGGCGGCAUGUUCGAUUGGACGACAAAAGAGACAAACUAAUCAAUUUUCAAGCUAUUUUUGCCACUGCUAAGAAGUAAAUUUUUAUUAAUCAGGGUUUAAAAUUAGCCUUGUCCAGAACAAGCUAAUAUUUUGGACAGGGGAGGUGAAUGAAAUCAGAUAAAUAACUUGAUAAAAUAGUGAUUGAAAAAUAGUGAAUAAUAGUUAUUUCUCAUUUACUAUAAUCCCUCCAGGGCGGCACGUGGGCUCAGUAGUUAGCACUGUCACCUCACAGCAAAAAGGUUGCUGGUUCCAGCCCUGCCUGGGCCACUUGGCAUUUUUGUGUGGAGUUUGCAUGUUCUCCCCGUGUUGGCGUGGGUUUCCCCCACAGUCCAAAGACAUGCGCAAUAGGUGAAUUGAAUAAUGGGCUGUAGUGUAUGAGUGCCUGCUUGAAUGUGAGAGUGUAUGGGUGUUUCCCAGUACUGGGUUGCAGCUGGAAGGGCAUACGCUGUGUAAAACAUAUGCUGCAAUAGUUGGCGGUUCAUUCUGCUGUGGUGACCUCUGAUAAAUAAGGAACUAAGCUGAAGGAAAAUAAAUGAUUGAAUAUGAUCCCUCCCUCCAACAAAUACGAUCUUUACUGUCCGAUUAGUUUCCUGUCGGGGUGAAUGAGGCGAAAGGUUGGUUAUUUAUUAUGCUUGUCAAUCUUAUGCUUAAAUCAGCAGGAAACAGAUGCAAAGUGCUUUUACAGAUAUGUACUGUAUGUACAUAUUCUUGUUAAUAUGUCAUUACAGGGCUAUCUGGAAUCCUUGAUUCUGUUUGGUCAGUUAGUGAAAUUCUAUGGUAUGUUCUUUCGAUAUUGCAACCACUGAAUAACCCAAGCUCACCCGGGUACUACAAAUGAUCUUGAUCAUUAGUGGAUAUGUUCACAUAUACACUGUAAAAAUAAUGCUGGGUUCCACACAAUCGAUUUGUGUUAGGACAACAUGAAGGAAAUUAGCGUUACCUUAUUAGUUUUUACAAAUUUAAGUGCAUUGAACAUAAAACAACAAAAAAGUUGUCGCAAAAAAAAAAAAAAAAUGUUUCAGUUCUUUUUAAAUAAGUAGUUUGAACAAACAGUAAACAUUAUUUUUUGAGUGUGUUUGUCCUGCAGCAGUUUUUGACUGCUGGGCACCAUCUUGUGACUGAAUAGUAUGUAGGCUAAUUUAGUGAAUCCAUCAGCUCUAUUCAACCACAGGAAUUAUACUUGUUGAAGAAAAAAAAAAAAAACAUUGAUUCAAGUUAAGUACUAAUAUUUCAAUGUUUAAUCAACAUCAUCUGUUCAUGUUAAAUCAAGGUUCAGCAAUCAAGGUUUAACAUCAUCCAGUGUUGAGAUAAUGUGGUGUUAUCACAUGGAACUACUGUCCAGAAUUAAAUCAUGUUUAACUAUGACUAUUUUUGAAUGCACUUACUGAGCUGCUUAUAUAGCAAUUAAACAAAGUAUUUUGAUUUCUGUCA